AGUAACUGGUGGGUAACUUCUGAAUUAUUAUUUCUUCAAUAAGAGCAUGAACAGCUAAUAGACAAAAAUAUAAAAUAGGAAUGUGCAACUUGCUGUAUUGGCCAACAGUAACUCUUUAACCAAUUCAAUAACAAAUGAAAUCUUUAUAAAAUAACAUAAAUUAGGGCAAAAUCCGCCACAAGAAAUGCUCUUGAAUCAACUUUUUGUGUACACUCGUGAAACAGUGCAAUAGACUCAUCAGUCAGAGAUGACAUUUCCUCAAGUUCAAAGUGGAGGGAGUUCUUGUAGACUGAAAUAUGAACAUUUUUAGACAGACACAGAUGACAGUGCAUGACAUCGCUGUUCUUUUUUGUAACAUGUAAGGUUAACAGAGAUUGAAUUUGAGGCCAUGGGUGUUGUGCCUUUUCUGAUUGCGAGUCGCGCACCGUUGUUUCUGCCAUUGUUGCCGUCAUGCCUCGUACAUGAGAGCUUUGAAAACUUUGCUUUUGCGUGGGCAGCUGAGACUUUGUGUGUGGUCAUGUGACUGCAUGGCUCAGCUUGAUUGGUGAAAUGGAGUCAACCGUCACCGGUGUUUACGUUGGACUGGUGAAAUGAAGUCAUGUGACAGAGAGUGCCCGAGGUAGAAUAAAUCGCACAAGCAAUAACAGAUUAAGCAGGUGGAAUGUAGUUCAAUGUAACGGAGUAAAAGUAUCAGUUCUUCUUCUUAUACUCAAGUUUAAGUUAAAGGUAUGUUGCUUGAAAGCAUCUCUGACAGUAUUUCCUCUCACUUUACUGUCGAGUCUCAUUAAGGUGUCAGCAGUGGAGAAGCUUGGCAUCUGGGAGAGGUCCAGAUGUUGCCUUCUUUCCCCUCUGCCGGGCAGAUGUGCUCUUUAACGAAGUGCUAAGAGGGCCGCUAAAGAAGUGUGAGGUGUCAAAUCGGCCACCUGCGAACCCUGGGUUUUGGCGUCUUCAAAAGCAAAGCUGCCCCGAUGACUGACAACACUGUCGCGUUUAAGGAGAUUCAGGUUCCAUGUGUUGACUAAACGCGUGACGACGACUCAAAUGGCCGCACGCAGUCAAAAGGGUCCACACAGGUGAGGCCACCGCGAAGGACGUCGGCCCGUCUGUCAGUUGACGUGCUGAGUACCCCGGUGUCGCAUGCAAACAAGUUGCCGGGAGGAUCAGCGGGGGGAAAACGUGGGGGAGGAAAAGAAGCUGCUUUUUCAAAGAGCACCCCGCCUGCUAUUUCGGCUGCGCUGUGGCCAGGGAGUGUCUCGUUUGGGAGUGCUCUCUGACAAAAAAGGCCGCCCGCCUAUCCAAAAGACUGUGUAAAUACUGAAUAUCAAUUAGCCUAAGCGCUAAGAUUACCCCCCUCUGAAAAAAAAGACACAAAAUGCAAACACUGUGGUUUCCUCAACUGUUACCUUCCAGUCUCCGGGAAUGAAACUCACGUGUUGAAGGGCCGACAACACCAAAAAGAGGCAAGAGUUUGGAUGACUUUCCUAUCCUGUUGAAUCAUCAUGAAGCCGUUGACCCCCAUCGGAUCCCCGUCCCCUCUGCGGCUCCUCAACAAGGGUCCAGACUACCUGCGGCGGCAGAUAGACGGCGGGAGCCACGGUCGAGCAAUUAGCGCCGUGGAGAGGCUUGAGGCGGACAAGGCCAAGUACGUCAAGAGCCAGCAGGUCAUCAACACAAAACAGGAACCUGUGUUGGUACCAUGUGCCACCCCUCCACGGCCCCGCAGGGCUUUCGCCACCCCAGGCAGCUUUAGCCCCCAACUACCCCCACGUUGUUUAUCCAGCACUCCUUUCUCCACUCUAUCUGGAUCCUUUACCUCCCAGGAUGAAAAUGAAAAUGACGACUCCAGAAAGGAAAAUCAACGUACUUCCAUUAACAUUGAGGCUCAUAAUAAUGUGCUCAAUGGGAAGCCGCCCAGCCCCAGAACGGGAUUUAACAACCUGGUGGCACCGCACAGUGCACCUGUCCUACGCAGGAGCACCGGCAAACGCAUGCUGAGACCUGACUCGCUCAUCAUCUACCGGCAGAAGAAAGACUGCAAGAGUCCCAACAGAGAGACCGGCAGUGUGGAGCUGAAGGGAUAUAGCUUCGUCCGCCGCCUCUUCCAGGGCUCCAUGAGGGAGAAGGGUGGUGGAGGUGUCCACAAGAUGGUCAUAGGUGAGGAGAAAGCACCCUCACGGGACGGAGACUCCCGCAUGUCAUGGUCUAACGAUAAGGAUACAACAGACGGUGGGCCGGGAAGCAGGAGGUCUAGCAAAACAGACCAGGUACCUAGCCCGGGGUCUGUCUCCAGCCCAGGGUUGAGCUCUACACUAGAACAGACCAAUGAUGGAUCUAAAGGUACCACUGACGACAGCAUGGAUGACAACGACCCGUGGAGACGGGCAUCACCAUCGCAUUCAUUGCGCAGGAGUAAGUUCGGGGGGUUGCAGCGUUCUAAAUCAGAGCUGCAUCUUCGCUGCUCUGUAGCCUGGUCCGAGCAGGAGCAGUUCUUUGACUUUUGUGGCCUGGACGUGGACUUGAUCGACCGUCUCGGCCGGGAGAACUUCCUUUCCGGCGCCAGCUCCAUAGACACCCUUUCGCUGGCUCUGCGCAGCAUCGCAGGAGAUGGCGGCACAGAGCCCAGUGAGUUCUCUCGCCACUCCGGAGAUGGGUUGUUUCAGGAGGAGCUGACUGAGCAGCCCCCCAGCGGCGUGUCCAUCAUCGAGAGGAACGCUCGAGUCAUCAAGUGGCUCUACGGGUGCAAAAAUGCCACUUGCGAGGGACCCAGAGAGUCCACAGUUUGAUCCAGAUGACACAACUUACAUCAUUACUUUGGUUAUUACUUCUUGGAAAACUGUUAUUCCAAAUUACUUUCGUCAUAUUGAGAGAACGCUCGGGUCAUCAAAUGGCUCUGCGAUUGCAACAACACCGCCCACGAGGGACCUAAAGAGUCUUUGAUUUGAUCCAGAGGACUGUUCUCCAUUGUAGGACUCUGCACAGUAGUGCUCUUUGGCACAUCAUUUAAUUCAGAACUUUGGUGGUUGCUUCUUGGAAAACUGUUUUACCAAAUGACUCCUGACAAACUAUUUAUGGAUCUCAUGGAAACCUCAUCUGCAGAUGGACUAAUUCCAGAUACACAGUCCUGAUCAGAACUUUAUUUUGCAUUGGUUUUUUCGGGCACAUACACGUAGCUAUAAUUGUCUAUUAGUCAUGACACCACAAACCUAAAUUAGUGAGCUGAAUUAGUGGAAAAUGCUGCGUGAAGUGAACUGUGAGUACCUCAUUUGCAAAUGUCUCGGUUUUACCUGUGUGUGUGUUACAUUAUUAUUAUUUGUUUAUUUUUUAAACGCAGGCGUUGGAACUAACAUGCAAGACACCCCUGUGGGGUUGUUAAUGUACUGAACUGGAAAGAAAGAGUGGAUUUUUAUAUACACUGCCCUGAUAAUUGCUUGUGACAUCAUUGAUUACCACUAAGGAUUACUGGCAACCUGUGAAAAAAAUACCAGACCGUUUCUUCAAAUAAGCUUCCAAUAUGUUAUAGUAACUACUCAAAAUCCCUUUUAACAUUGCCAAAGGCGUAACAGUUAGAGGGGGCACUUACUCGCCUGUCCCUUUCAGACAGAAGUGCACAUUCAGAAAAUUAGAUGCAUCGUGACCUCAAUGCCGGCAUCUGGGACGACGGCGAUUGCUUUCGACACAAAAGUGACGUGGCCAGUGCAAAUUCGCGGAUCGACUUUAAAUCGCCUCCUCAUUCCACAUUGAUACUGUGCGCAUGGCUUUGAUGGCCACAGUCUGGUGUGAAAGGGGCUUAAAUCUAAAGAGAGUCAAGAUGUCAGCUGUUCAGUGAUGACCUGCAUGCGGCGGUAAAGCCUCUAAGAUAAACCACAGAUUCUACCUCACUUCAUCCAUCACUGACUGUCUUCACAAAAGGUCACUUCUGUGGCUUGGCCAGCUGGAACGCAGACGCGGGGGUCUUCCAAGGUAUGCUGGGAGUUAGACCAAGCGUCUCACCUGUGAUUAAUGUGAUAAAUUAAUGUCAUGAUUUGAAGCCUUGAUAGCUUUGCCCUGUAUUUCUCAUCUCCCAGGCACACUCCUUCAACUGGACCUAUUUUUGCAUUUGGUUGCAUGUUUACGAAAUGUCUAUUUUUUUUUUAGAUGGAUGUACAUGAAAGACUUCUAUUUUUAUUCCAAAGAGAUGUGUAUCGUGUACACGGCAAAUAAAUGCAAAUAAUGACUCA